AUGGGGUUUGAAGGUUUGAUUCUAAGGCACAAGCGUUCAAAGAGCUUUCCUGAUAAGAAAAAGGUCGUGGUGGAUAAUCUAGAUAAUCUUAUCGAGGCUUCAGAUCGAUCAAAGCUGGAUACAGGAUACCUCACUGAAUGCGGUAAAGCUAGGAUAAAACGAUCCCCAACAAAUGAUGUUCAACAUACUCUGAAACAAGAGAUUCUACAAUUAGAGAAAAGGCUACAAGACCAGUUUCAAGUCAGAUGCACAUUAGAGAAGGCACUUGGAUACAGACCUACAUCUCUUGUUAAUUCAAAUAACAUGAUAAUGCCCAAGCCAACCACAGAAUUAAUUAAAGAAAUUGCAGUGUUAGAGUUGGAAGUUGUGUAUUUGGAACAACAUCUUCUCUCCUUGUACCGUAAAGCAUUCGAUGAACAAUUAUCCUCCGUAGCUCCAUCAACCGAGGAGGAAAGAGUAAAGUCUCCUCCAACAACACCUAGAGCAAGAUUCAUUGAAGCUUCUGAGCCUAAGGUCUUAACCAGAAGAGGAUGUUCUGCAGUACAAUCUAUUGAUUAUGAGCUUGAUACUCUGCAAAGGGAAUAUAAUGGAUAUGAACUCGAGACUCUGGGGAAAGAAUAUAAUGUACUUCGGUCAGAAGGAAAGAAUUUAGAUUCUGAUGUAUAUCGAUGCAACUCCUCAUUAUCCCAGUUUUCAGCAUUUACAAGAGUAUCUCCUCCAGCAGAAGCGUUGACAGGAUCUCUGCAUGCCUGUCAUUCCCAGCCAUCGUCCAUGGUGGAGUAUGCCCAAAAUGUCGAUGCUUCGUCAAAAAUAAUCAGUCUGGCAGAACAUCUCGGCACCCGUAUAUCUGAUCAUAUUCCAGAUACACCUAAUAAGCUUUCUGAGGAUAUGGUCAAAUGUAUAUCAGCUAUAUAUUGCAAACUUGCAGACCCACCUAUGACAAAUAGUGGUCUUUCAUCUCCCAGUUCAUCCUUGUCUUCAAUGGGUGCCUUUUCUAUUGGAGAUCAAGGAGACAUGUGGAGUCCAGGGUUCAGGAAUAAUUCCUAUUUUGAUGUACGGUUAGACAAUCCAUUCCAUGUGGAAGGACUCAAGGAGUUUAGUGGUCCAUACAGCACUAUGGUUGAAGUAUCAUGCAUUUAUAGAGAGAAUCAGAAAUUGGGUGAUACAGAGCAGUUGCUCCAGAACUUAAGGUCCCUUAUUUGUCAAUUAGGGCAUGUAGAUCCUGGGAGGUUGAAACAUGAGGAGAAGUUAGCUUUCUGGAUCAACAUACACAAUGCUUUGGUGAUGCAUGCAUUUUUGGCUUAUGGGAUUCCACAAAACAAUGUGAAAAGAGUCUUUCUUCUAAUGAAGGCUGCAUAUAAUGUUGGGGGUCAUACAGUUAGUGCAGACACAAUAGAGAAUACUAUACUUGGGUGCCGGAUGUCUCGCCCUGGACAGUCGUUCCGCUUGUUCUUUUCUUCAAGGACGAAGUUCAGAGCUGGAGAUGGACGACAAGCAUAUGCAAUCGAGCAUCCUGUGCCUCUUCUACACUUUGCACUGUGUUCAGGAAACCAUUCUGAUCCAGCGGUACGUGUAUAUACACCCAAGAGAGUGUUUCAAGAACUAGAAGUUGCAAAGGAAGAGUACAUUCGAGCUACCUUUGGGGUACGCAAGGACCAGAAAAUACUUUUACCCAAGCUUGUAGAGACAUUCACCAAGGAUUCGGGUUUGUGCCCUGCUGGUGUUAUGGAGAUGAUCCAACAGUCUCUACCUGAAUCCCUUAGAAAGAGUGUUAAGAGACGUCACCUUGCAAAAUCCCGGAAAAGCAUAGAAUGGAUACCACAUAACUUUACUUUUAGAUAUCUCAUACCUAAGGAGCUGGUCAAAUGAUUAUUUGGUAGCGUUACUUAUUGCUAUGGUACACCCUCUGCAUUGUUUGCUCUAUUAUGUAUUCUUUUUGUACAAAGUUGACAAGGGCAGAAGCAACGGAAAAAAAAGCUAAUAAUGCAAUGUGUAGUAGUAUUUUGCAGCUAAUG